CACUUUAAGGGACCGUCGUCAAGUUCGUCGACGGAUCGCUUUGCAGGCUGUUCCGCCGGGGAGCGUCGGCUUAAGUCGCUGCGCUUUAAAUGAAACGGGGGAGCCUUGAAACCCCCCCCCCCAUGUUUGUAUCUCGAAAGUGGGAGCGGAGCGCCGAACUCCAUAUUGAAUCAGAGUCGCCAACUCCUUUGCCAAAUGUUUUCACUACUUUCAAACUUGGUUUUCGGAGAGGGAGCUUAGCGAAACCCCGCCGACGCCAUCCGAUGGACGCCGUGUACGCGUCGUGCGGUUUCCCGGGGAUCUCCGCUCUGCGCCGGGGGUGCGCGCCGCUGGCCCGCUGAAGGCGUCCGGACGGGCAGUUUUGCGGGGAAAGAGAAAGAGAGAAGAAGAAGAAGAAGAGAAGGACUUUGAAGUGUGCGUCAAACUUCAGGAUCAAACGCCGAUGUGAUGGACAAUCCGUCCUCAGUCAUCACGCAAGUCAGUCGCGACGAAGACGCAAACAAAGCAACAAGAGAGAGGGGUUCACUGGCUUCCCCGUCCUCCAAGAAACCCAGAAGUCGCGGCUUUCUCUCCAGCCUGCUCUGCUGCCUUCGCCGGGACCAGGCCGAGCCCCCGCCGGUCAACAAUAACGCCCCUCUGCUGGUGGAGGAAAAUGGCACAUUACCCAAGAUUCAGGCCAAGCCACUGCUGCCCCCAGCAAAGUCGAAAGACUCUGGAAAGAUCUGCGUGGUCAUAGAUCUGGACGAGACCUUGGUUCACAGCUCUUUCAAGCCAGUGAACAACGCAGACUUCAUCAUUCCAGUGGAAAUUGAUGGAACGGUACACCAGGUGUAUGUGCUAAAGAGGCCGCAUGUAGACGAGUUCCUGAAGAGGAUGGGGGAGCUGUUUGAAUGUGUCCUGUUCACUGCCAGCUUAGCCAAGUAUGCAGACCCUGUAUCUGAUCUGCUGGACAAGUGGGGUGCCUUCAGAUGCCGCCUGUUUCGAGAGUCGUGUGUCUUCCACCGAGGGAACUACGUCAAGGACCUGAGUCGUCUGGGGCGCGACCUCAACAAAGUCAUCAUCGUCGACAACUCCCCCGCCUCCUACAUCUUCCACCCGGAUAACGCAGUGCCUGUGGCCUCGUGGUUUGAUGAUAUGUCCGACACGGAGCUGCUUGAUCUCAUCCCCUUCUUUGAGAGGCUGAGUAAAGUAGAUAACAUCUACACGGUCCUCAAGCACCAGGAGACCGCAAGCUAGCAGUGUCACUGUGCAUCUCGGUGCGGAACAAAAAUGAUUACAGGUAUCAGUACGUCAGUUCGGCAUCAGCCCGGCCAGCAUACGCCAUCCAUCAAACCCAAACCGACAGCUCAAACGCUGACAAGGCCAUUCCCCUCAGCACCGUUACUGCCCCCCACCUCCCUCAUGGUAAAACGGACAACUGCCCGACAUUUGUGUCAUAACUUCCCCUUUCCAGCAAUCUCUCCCUAUUGUGAAUGGACAGAUAUGAAUGAGUAGAUGGAUGGAUGGAUGUGAUGGAUAAGGAGUUCAUAUUCAGCACCUUUUGAUGACAUCUCAUUGAACUUGUGGUAAAAGUACAAUAUUGCAGCAGCCUCUGCACAGAAGCUGGGUACUGGAAACUGAAUUGUAUUAUCGAGGAUGCAAUACGAUCCAAUCUAAAGAAAGAAAAACAAGCAGAAAUGGUAAGCUCAUUUACAAUGGAAGCUAUUUUGGACAGUUUUUUUUUUGUGUGUGUGUGUGCAAACAAGCUGAAUCUUGCUAAUGAAAAAGCCAAUUGGACAUUUAGAUCAAACAUUUGUAACGGCAUUAUUUUUGACACACAUCCUUAUCUGUAGUGGGGUUUUUUUUACACUACUUUUUAUUUUUUACCUCUUUUUCUCAAGUAUGGAGACCCAUUUGAUGAUCUCCCUUGUCUACAACAGAACACAUGUGAUCUGCCGGUGUCAUAUACCAUCAUUUUAGCAUCUUCAGGAUCUGAGAUGCGAUCGCUUCUCUGGAUUUGAUCAGGAGAGAGUUUGUUUUGUUUUUUUUUUGAAAAAUAAUUUUCAUCUCUAAUCAAAACCCAAGUGGAGUUGUUUUCUAAUGAUCAUUUAACACAACCAUAACAAAAAUUAAUCCAAGACUGUACUGCACUUUACAUGGUGACCUGCAGGAUUGGCUUCGUUGCCAACCGGGUUUAGACGUUGAUUUCUGUAGAGCAGCAGUUGUGUUUGAAACCAGUUUUGAUGCCAAAAGUAAAGAACAGGAUCAGCCAACUGCGUUUGGCAAAGGGACGGCCUUUUCUGAGAAUGUCUAUCCGCUCCAUUUGACGCAUUAAACAUGCACCUAAACCUGACACUAAUCUGCAUAUUGAACAAGUUGCAAAUGGGCGUUAAAAGUGCAGCUAUGAUGCUUACAGGACGUGCAGCUCCGGGGGACUUUGCAAGAGACCGCUUCAUGACGCACAGCGGUAGACCAGUAUCUGUAAGAGGACCAGGAUGUACUUGAUGGAUGUGUGCAAAAAAAAAAAGAAGAAGAAAGUAUUUCUGCAAUCCUGCAAACACUGCCUGAUCGGCCUUCGUUGCCUCGAUGUCUGAUGUUUGGUUUCGGGGCUCGGUCUCUUUUUGUAACCAUCGACAAAACUUGAACUCUCGGUAAGAAUUUAAGGAAUGCAGCUGAACUCCGAAUAAAAAAAAGCUUCAGUACAAAGUCGGUACAUAUUGGCGGGGGGGGGGGGACGGGGACGCUUUUGUUGUUUUGUAGCGUAACUUCUGAGGAGGGAAGGUGCCAAGAACAAGGGCACACAAGAGGCGUUGUGUGCGGCGGUGGCAGGCGCGCCUCCCCGAGUCCCCUCAGCAAACCCUUCGAUCCGGUCUCGACGUGAAGCCCCUUCACCAGGCCGGCGAUAACUGGAGCUCCACGCCAGAUUCACGUGCCGCACACUUCCAGCUUCCGUCUCACCGACUUUGACUUUUCCACUUUUCUCCACAGCAUGUCGAUCACGGACGUUUAGAGGACACUACUCUGGCUUAGUAUGGACAGACGCGAUGGUGGACUUGACUAAGAGCCUUGGCUAGCUGGCUCGUGAGACUUGGAGAGGUGACGUUGGAAAAAAAUAAAUAAAUUGGGCGAGGUCGGCACGGAAAAUCCUCUCAAGAAAUAUUACACUAUUUUUCUAUGUUUAACAAAUUACUGUCAAUCAAAUUUAGAAUUUUUUUUUUAAUGAUAACAGAUUUUAUUCCAGAUUUCUUUUAGUGGAAGAGUCGUCUUCUUCCGGCGCUCUUUUUUUUUUUUCCAAAGGGGAAACGUUGUUCGUGUAAUUGUAAUGCAGGACAUGGUUACCUCACAUGUCAAUAGGAAAUGUAUGGAUAAGAGGAAAAACCAGCAAGUGUGUAAAAAAAUAAAAUAAAUAGUAUCUACCGUUGUAGGCACAUAACAGGGUAAUUAUUUUUGAAACGUGUCUUUCGUGUAAGCCAUCGUUGUGUAUGUCAAUUUAGAUGCAAUUCUGUGUUUUUUGUAAAUCAGGAUUUGGAAGAGAGGCUCGUUGAUGGGAAUUAUGACGUCCGACGCUUGUUUUUUAAACUAAGUGCUCAAUCACUACAGGGCCCAUUUCCCUGUUACUGUACUUCUUACACAUUCAAUAGGUAUGUAUAUUUUGUUUUGCACAGUAAUAAAGCAAACAAAUGACCUUAAUAUAUGGAAUAUUCAUGUUACUGUACUCAAGAUUGAAUAGAUGUAACCUAGUUUAUGGCCCGUCUUUUUAUCAUACCAAAUUGUAUUGAACUGUAUGUAAUAAUGACCUUUUUAUUUCCAUAAAUGCUAAAUGAAAAAUGA